UCUCCGUAGUGGACUGGUCAUAGUUGACACCGGCCCGAGGAGGCUCCAGAGAGCGGAUCCACCCCGGCGACGGCGACGGCGACGGCGACGGCGAGGCACCAUCCCGCCGGCGAAGACGUCCGCAACAGACAGCGUCUCCUUCCCAAUCCACAAGAUUUUGUCGUCAGCAGCACAUCAUGCAGAGCCCCAGCAAACUGUCUGAUGUCUCUCUCCCUUGGCCCCAUGCCUUCUCCGGACCCCAAGGUUGGGCUGACCUCCCGGAUGGCUUGCUUCACUCUGUCGUUGCUCGGCUGGGCUACUUCCGAGACCUUCUUGGCUUCGCAGCAACAUGCCCCUCUUGGCGUGCUGCCUUCUCCUCGUACCCAUCCAAAUCUAUGCUCCGCUCAAAAUUUCCACCUCUCGUCAUCCAGCCCCAUGUUCGUGUACAAGGUCCUCUUCUUCCUGCUGCCAAUGGUUGCCAUCAGCUAUACACAUGUGUGGUUAUCGAUCCAGCCAACAAAAAGACCUCCCUUCGCUGCCAGAUUCCUGUAGAAACUACGGAGAAGAUGAUAUAUAUUGGCUCAUCCUAUGGUAAUAUCAUCUACUUCUGCUAUGGAUAUGUUCACAUCGUCGAUGUGUUCACUGGCGUGGAGGUUUCAACUCCACGUCUCCCAUCCAGUGUCAAACGUGAGACAUUCUACUUGAACGGCAUUCUAACGUCCCCCCUUACAUCACCCAACUCGCAUCUCCUUGUCAGUACCGAGUUCUCCCUGUUUGAUUUGCUUGUUGGAAGUGACUCUUGGUCUCAAGUCCAGCUUCCUCAUAUGUUGGUAAUAGACCAAAUCGUGGAAUUCAAUGGGCAGGUCAUUGUCUCGGAUGGCUUUCACAGGUUCUACACUCUGCAGUUGGCCCCUCAGCUUGGUCUACAAGAGAUGACAACCAAGUUCCAGGAUAGGAGUGAAGACCAUAGACGUGGUAAAACAUGGCUGGUGGUUUGUGGUGGCAUGCUUCUCAUGGUCACUGCCUUUUCUUUUAAUGAGGUCUACUGCCUCGACAUGUCGACCAAGCCAGCAACAUGGAUGGCCGUGGAGAAGCUGGACAAUUGGGCACUCUUUCUAGGGGAGGAAGUUAAGAGCACGCCACUCUCUUGCAUGAGCUCGGAACUUUUUGGAUUGGGGAGCAACAUCUUGUUGUAUGCAGGCCUUGACUCUAAGCCAUGGAAUCUACACCAUCUGUGUGGCGGUCCGGAUCCCAUGCAUGACACACCGCCCGAUGCAGGAGACGCGCUGGAACCAUGGGGAUGGGAUUCGCCACUUCCUUGCGCGAGCCUAGGACCAUGGUGGGUGACUCCGGCGCUUGCUUGCACGAGCUUGGAGCCAUGGGAAUGGGAUUCGCCGGCGCUUCCUUGCAUGAGCCCAGAACCAUGGUGGGCGGCUCCAGCGCUUCCUUGCACAAGCCCAUACGAAUGGGGAGGGUGGAACAACACCUCACACUCCGACCCUUGGCAUCUACGCAGGCCGCCGCCGUUCUGGCUGUACCCGAGCAUGUUCUACUCUGGUGGCCAGUGAUCCGGCCUGACCACGUCUUGCCUCACAAGCAACUUCUUCUGAGAUCUCCAUCCGAAACGCAGCAGGGAGCGGAGACUGAUUUCUGCUGCAUCAUAUAUGUAUGUAUGUAAUAAUAAAGGAUGAUACCUAUAUAUGGCCUCUGUGUGUCACUAGAGACUGCAUCAGAUAUCUGUUGCAAGUUGAUUAGAUAUGUGUCAUGCUAUAUAUAUACAGGCGAACAGCAGACUUGUUCUAUCUGUCGCAGGUUGUGGUUGUGCCUUAACUGGUAGCAGGUUUGUAGUUAAUUUGUAUGUUCUUUGCAGAAACGAAAUGCUAUGACGUUUAAUUAUUGUGCAA